AUGCCUCGCUGCAUCCAUGACUUGCCUCUUCUCAGUUCACUGAUCAUGGAUGUCACACGAGAACGUACCGUGGGGCACCCCACGGCGAAGGUUGUGCCCGACGCCACAAUUCGGGACUAUUUGCUGAACUAUGACACGCCGAUCGAUCUUGCAUUGCAUUGCAGAAACACUCAACGAUUGGUGUCUGAAAAAGCAAUCAUCCCCGAUGACCACCAUCUUGAUCUUGUCGAUGAUGAAAUGAGAUUCGAUGAUCUCAAUACCAGCGGGAGUCACGGCUUCGCGUGUGACCGGAACUCCGGUCUAGAUCUUGCACGCACACCGUUGUACUGGGUAUCAUGCAGUGGACCCACCGUUCAUCCGGCCGAAACCCCCAACUACAGAAAGAAGAUCUGCAUGUUGUGUGGUCUCAGAGGCAGUGGGACCAAGAGGCAUCUGCAGUAUCAUCCCGGCAUAAUUCGGGUGACGGAGUCUAAGGUUAUCUCCUCUAUUACUGAACAGCCUAUCAUGCAUCUCGGGAUUACACAGGGAACACACCAGCCAUAA